AAGUUGAAGGAGGUUUAUCAUUGGAAGUCUUUCGCGUUGCUGUGGAAAUUCAUGCUUCUGGUGUUCGCCGGGGCCGCCAUAGCCCUCACUAACCCUCUCGUGCAGUUGAGCAAGCCCCGCCUGUCACCAUGCCGAGGCAAAUCAACGAGAUCAAGGACUUCCUGCUCACAGCCCGGCGCAAGGACGCCCGGAGCGUUAAGAUUAAGCGCUCCAAGGAUGUGGUAAAAUUCAAAGUGAGGUGCUCCAAGAACCUGUACACCUUGUGCGUUUCCGACUCUGACAAGGCCAACAAGCUGAAGCAGUCCCUGCCCCCUGGUCUUACUGUCCACGACUUGUAGAGGGAUCGGUAGCUGAUGGAAUGAUAUAGUUGGCGAUGAGCCCUACGUGAGUUGGUGCAUUGUUUAGGUUUUUCCGGCUCUUCGUUGGGCAGGAAUGGUUAGGGGAAUCGGAGAAAAUGGAGGUUGUUUCGCCGGAAUAGAGAUGCUUUAAUCUCUGUUCUUAACGAACCCCUUGUACGAUUGAAAUUUUACGUUAAUGUUAUGCAUCCCUGCACUACAGUAAGCGUUUAUUCUAGGGUUUUGGUGGAAUCAUAUGAUAGUAUCGUGGAUAUGGUAGGGUAUUUUGAUUGCCCUGCAUCGCAUUGGUGCUGGAUGUUUUUCGAGUAGUUGACAAAUCUCAUAUAAAGUUUAUCGUUAUCUUUUUC